AUGAAGGAGGGCGGCCGAAGCGCCAAUGGCCGGAGCGCUCUCGAGAGAGAGCGGACCAAGAUGAGGGAGAGGCAGCGCCGCUCCAUCACCACCAACAUCUUCCACGGCCUCCGCAAGCACGGCGGCUACCGCCUCUCCCCCCGCGCCGACAUCAACGAGGGGGCGACUUCGUGUCCGCUCUGCGGCGGCGGGGGGAGGAGUGUGGCGGCGACGCCGAGCUGCAGCUUCUUGGGCGGCGGCGGAGGAGAGUGCUCCACCACGGCUUCUCCGCGGCGAGUUGGGGAGUCCGGCGGGAACAAUCUCUCGUCGAGUGGAGCUGGGGCCACGGACGACAGCCUUCUUUCCAUUUACAUGAGCGGAGGGGCGGCGCAAAACGUCGGCGGCGGUGGCGGCGCCGCCGUGUUUGGAGAAGGGCAGCAGUUGUACUUGGUGCGUGAGAGUCGUGUGGCCAAUCAGAACACGCCAACUGGUUCGCCUUAA